ACGUUUGACAGAUGUGACACUAGAUUUUGUUAUGGCGUGCGCGAUUUUCUAUCGAACUCGAAUUACGUAAGGUUAAUUGUAAAUUUCAUUUAGUGCGCAAUGUCUUUUCUAUUCAAUCGCACCGUGAGUUCAGGCCGCAGCCUAGGGCGCAUCGUAUUUAACAAUGCCAAAGCCCCUCUGGUUCAACGCGUUGCAACGAAGACCGACCAAGCAACUCCAGCUGUAGAGACCCGACCUACUGUUGCUAAAUUAGACCCUUUGCAAAAAUCGCAGCUGAUAGAUUUCGGCAAGUAUGUGGCGGAAUGUUUGCCCAAAUAUGUUCAGAAAGUUCAGAUCACCGCUGGAAACGAAUUGGAGGUUCUCAUUCCGUCUGAAGCAGUAAUUCCAGUGUUACAGUUCUUAAAAGACCAUCACAACGCGCAGUUCGCGAACCUGGUAGAUAUCGCAGGCAUGGACGUGCCGAGCCGGCCCAACAGGUUCGAGAUCAUCUACAACUUGUUGUCGCUGCGAUACAACGCUCGCAUCAGGGUAAAGACGUACACGGAUGAGCUGACGCCAGUGGACUCCGCGUGCGAGGUGUUCAAGGCCGCUAACUGGUACGAGCGAGAGAUCUGGGACAUGUUUGGAGUGUUCUUUGCAAACCAUCCUGAUCUGAGGAGAAUCUUAACUGAUUAUGGUUUUGAAGGCCAUCCAUUCAGGAAGGACUUCCCACUGAGUGGUUAUGUAGAGGUCAGAUAUGACGAUGAGCAGAAACGAGUGGUGGUGGAGCCACUGGAGUUGGCUCAGGAGUUCAGACGGUUUGAGCUUAGUGCCCCAUGGGAACAGUUCCCCAACUUCCGCAGCAACCCUGCUGCUGAGGAAGUCGUAAACCCUGGCGAGGACAAACCUAAGCAAGAGUAAAUACUUUUGUGGUGUAGUAUAAUGAUUAAAUAAAUAGGUGAAUCACUGAUUUCUUGGUUUAUUUAUGUAAAAAGUAAUGAAGCAUUUAUAAAACAAACUUCAAUAACAUACUUUGCUGUAAGAUGAUAUUGAUUAAUUGAUAAAUAUCUAAAAUUAUUGUAUAACGCACUUAUUUCAUUAAAAAGUGUAUGAAACAGUAGAUAGGAAAUGUACAGAGAAUUAAGAAGCUGAGCUAAUUGUAUCUGCCAGUUUUUAAGGUCUCCUUAGAAGUUCAACUUACAAAAUAACUGAUUUAAUAUUGGGACAGUGUUAUUGGUUCAAUGUGUGAUCCCUACAUAGCCCCCACAUUGUCAUGUGAAUAUAAUUAAGCAUGCUGUAGUCUGUUAGAAAGGUUGAAGAAACAAUAUUGUGUUACAUGUAUUGAAAAUAUUGUUAUCUGAAAGAGCACAUAUUCUCUAAUACUGUAUCUCAUACAAUGUUUGCAAAUUAAUAACAGAUUAUAUAAAAAAAACUGUAGAUCCAAUAAAUGCAAAAAUAUA